ACCCUCCAACCAAUCACACUGCUCCCUAUCCAGCACCCUCCAACCAAUCAGUUUGUAUGACAACCAUGAUGUCACCUGAGAAGAGUGAAUAGCUGCCAUUAGCCCCGCCCCGUGCAGCAUCUCCAGCUUGUCGGGAACACCAGGUGUUAGAGAUGCCGUUCCCCAGUGCCACAUUAGGAGCUGUGCCCCGGGCUCACAAUCUCCUGCCGCUGUUAAAGAUGGAAGAGAAUGCGGCUCCAGUGACUGGAUCCCCAGAGCCACAAAUAUUACAGAUAAAAAUAGAGAAAGAAGAACUGGACUCUGAAGAUCAUCAGAAUCCCAUGGAAAACUCGUCAGUCCCACUGAUUAAUGGGAGCUCCUCAGUUGGACAAAUGAAAAUAUCACAGACAACAAAGAGAGACUCUUCUCUUCCCCGAAUGAAAAGCACUACAGCUAUGCUUACUGAUUCCUAUCGUCUGAUUGAUCUUGUGGAGGAGAGGCCAGGUCUGUAUAUGACUGAAUCACCAGCUUAUCAUAACAAGUACACCAGGAGAAAACUGUGGGAUGAGGUGGCAGCAAAUCUUAUAGAUCGAUGGGAGAACCUCACUGAUCAAGAAAAGAAUAUAAAGGCGAAGGAAAUCCAGCUGAAAUGGAAGCACAUAAAGGACUGUUACCGCAGGGAGCUGAAGAGACAGAGAAACGAGGGGCGCGGUGGUUCCUCUCAGCCCAAGAGGAAGAAAUACAUUUAUGCAGAUAUGCUGACAUUCCUUAAUCCCUGCUUUGCUAAAAGGUCAUCAGGCGAUGUUUGGGGGCGCAAGCUGACAGUGUUUGAAAUGAGGGGUGGGCGUAUCCCUGGCAGAAGCCCAGUAGGAGGGGACAGCCAAUCACAGCCCUGCAGUGACACAAGCACAGACAGGCUUCAGUUCCCUAUCAGCUCAUGUGGGAAUUCUGAAGUGACCCAAGAGGAGGAGAACUUGCCCGGAGAGAGGUCAGACGCGAGCAGCGUUCACAUGUCGCCCAACUGCGCGACUCCCCCGCGGACAGAGGCCAGAGGCACAUCCGCCCCAGCCCCAAAGAGGAAGAAAGAAGAAGCAGAGAUAACCCCCGGGGAGGUGAAGGACAUGUUCCACACACUGGUCAAUACCAUCGCUGGCAGGGAGGCUGCAAAGACCCCCCAUCCUCAUGAACAUCUGCCGGAGUUUCUGUUUUUUAGGGGGCUCAUUCCAUCCGUGUUGAUGAUUCCCGAGGGGCAGCGACCUCUCAUGCAAGCGGAAGUGGUGCAAGUGAUUAAUAAAUAUAUUCCUCACCUCCAGCCGAGGCCUACACCCCAUCGCUAUCCACACUCUUAUUCCUCCAGCUUCACCCACCACAUCUAAGGCCCAGGCCUUCUGUGAUUGGCUCUUUCAAACCCAUGUGACGUGGCAGCCAAUCUUUUACUGACCUGCUCAGUAUGGACUCCUCACUGCUCUCCUUAAAGGGGUUGUUCGCCUUUAAAUUAACUGUUCGUAUGAUGUAGAGAGGGAUAUUCUGAGACCAUUUACAAUUGGUUUCCAUUUUUUAUUACUUGUGGUUUUUGGGUUAUUUAGCU